GCGGAGACCGCCGAGUGCAAAGGCGCGGUUACGAGAAGUGGCAGCGCACCCUCCAUGGCCGCGGCUCGCGUCCCUCUCUGGGCAGUCUGUGUGUUGCGGGUGGCUCUGGCCACCGUAUACUUCCAGGAGGAAUUUCUAGAUGGAGAGCGCUGGAGGAACCGAUGGGUGCAGUCCACCAAUGACUCCCAAUUUGGAUAUUUUAGACUCUCGUCCGGGAAAUUUUAUGGUCAUAAAGAGAAAGACAAAGGUCUGCAAACCACUCAAAAUAGCCGAUUCUACGCCAUCUCUGCACGGUUCAAACCAUUUAGCAAUAAAGGGAAGACUCUGGUCAUUCAGUAUACAGUGAAACACGAGCAGAAGAUAGACUGUGGAGGGGGCUACAUUAAGCUCUUCCCUGCAGACGUGGAUCAGAAGAACCUGAAUGGAAAAUCCCAGUACUAUAUUAUGUUUGGACCUGAUAUUUGUGGAUUUGAUAUCAAGAAAGUUCAUGUUAUUUUACAUUUCAAGAAUCAGUAUCACUCAAACAAGAAAUCAAUCAGAUGUAAGGUUGAUGGCUUUACACACCUCUACACUCUGACUUUAAGACCAGACCUCACUUAUGAUGUGAAAAUUGAUGGUCAGUCGAUUGAAUCCGGCAGCAUAGAGUAUGACUGGCAGUUAACAUCAUUGAAGAAAAUGGAGAAGCCUUCAGCAGAGUCUAAGGAUUGGGACCAGGCUACAGAGGACAAAUCCCAGGACUGGGAGAAGCAUUUUCUGGAUGCCCGUGCCAGCAAGCCGAGUGAUUGGAACAGCGAACUGGAUGGGGACUGGCAGGCGCCGAUGCUGCAGAAGCCUCCGUACCAGGAUGGCCUGAAACCAGAGGGCAUAGACAAAGAUGUUUGGCUCCAUCAGAAGAUGAAAAACACCAACUAUUUGAUGGAAUAUGACCUCUCAGAAUUUGAGAACAUUGGUGCCAUCGGACUGGAGCUUUGGCAGGUGAGAUCCGGAACCAUCUUCGAUAACUUCCUGAUUACAGAUGAUGAACAGUAUGCUGAGGAUUUUGGCAAGGCCACUUGGGGUGAAACCAAGGGCCCAGAAAGAGAGAUGGAUGACAUACAGGCAAAGGAGGAAGUGAAGAAGGCCCGAGAGGAAGAUGAGGACGAGCUGCUGAUGGGCAGGUUUGGCGGGCGAGAAAAUAACUUCAAAAGUUUCCACAGGAGGAAUGAACUUUAGUCAUCCCCCCUAGAUAAAGAUGACUGGUAAAACCUUGUUUCUACCUUAAUCAACAUUUAAAAGAUCAGAUGUCUACAUACAAGGUCAUUUGUCUAAUUUUCUUAGAAAAAUGUUCCCACACUUCUCGGUCGGGGGUAGGAUUGGUCUGGUUUUCCCUGAGGGUGUCCCCCCCGCCCCCCCCCGCCCACAACGUACCCAGAGAUGUUUCCCUUGGACAAACCCAAGUGCUGGAGGAAGCCCCAGGCUAGUGAGAGUCUGGCCAAAAACGCAAUGCUCUUUUCUUAAUCCUCAAAAUGUUUUAUAAAUGAAAGGUGGUAAAACUUACUUUGAAAAGGGAGAAAUGAGGCUUUCUUUGGGUUGUAAAUUACUGAUAACAUACACAAAAUUUUCCAAUAUGAAAUCUUCAUGCAGCAUCGUUGGCACGGAAAGGUUUUGUAUGCCUCAUUUGCACGCUGGAUACUCUGGAGAACCCAGGCCUUGUGCACAGAUAUUUAACAUUCCGUAAAGGAGCUGAUACUUUUUCCCUCACUCUGUGACCCACUUCCAUGGCCGUUAGUUCUCUGUAAGACAGAGGAAUGAAAUUCAUUCUCUCAAGUGAAAAUAGUGAUUACCUCGCAGUUUAAUUUUUUCCCUUAAAUCAAAUGACUUGCUUAGAAAAAAAAAAGUCACACAUAGCACGCUUCUGUUUUGAAGAGCUCUGUUUUCACGCAGAAAUUCGUGUUGGAAAUAACAAAUUUAGGACACCAGGAAUUUGGAAUCUAGUCAUGUUACAAAUAUGCCAAAUAAAAUCAGAAAUUAAACAGAACAUAUUGAUAGAUGAUCAGUGUGAAAAGUCUGGCCAGGAAGUGAAGGUCUGGCAUAUUUUGCUCUGGCUUUGGUAGAUGUUGGCAGACCUUCGACCUUGAACUUUUCCAGCUGUCCCAUUGGUCUUGCCCGUUUAUCAGGGGCUAUCAGUCUCAGAAGCUAAAGACGCACUCCCUGGAAGUGCAGGGGUGGGAUUCAAACACUGCCCAGUUUUAAAUCUCUGAACAAGGGGAGACAUUAAUGAGGGAAGAGGCAGUGCUAGAUCUCGAGAGAAAAUGCUGGAAACAACUGUACAAAGAUGGGUCAGACCAGCUCAGACCCUGCGGCACUCACCUCUGCUGCAGCGCUGUCCUGGAGAACUUUCCUCAUCUGCGCUGGCGAUACAGUUGCCACUGGCCACAUGUGAGCCCUUGAAAGGUGGCUGGUGGGACUGAGGAAUGAAUUUUUUUUAAUUAAUAAACUUCAUUUUCUAGAGCAGUUUUAGAUUCCCAGCAAAACUGAGCAGAAAGUAGAGAGUUCCCGUAUACUGUCUGUCCCCACACCCCCACACCCUCCCCUACCAAUGACAUCCCACAUCACGUUGGUACGUUUAUCACAACUGAUUGAUGGGUCACACAGAUACAUCGUUAUCAUCCAGCGUUCAUACUGUGCAUCAGGGUUCACUGUUGGUGUUGUACCUUCUAUGGAGGAACGCAUUUUUAAUCUUAUUUAGUUAUAAUUAAAUUAAAUUAUAACUUUCUUCCAGUUUUAUUGAUAUAUAACUGACAUACAGCACUGUAUAAGUUUAAGGUGUACAGCAUAAUGAUCUGACUCACAUACAUCAUGAAAUGAUACUGCAGUAAGUUUAGUGAACAUCCAUCAUCUCAUAUAGAUAACAAAAUUAAAGAAACAGAGAGAAUAUGUUUUCCUUGUGCUGAGAACUCUUAGAAUUUACUCCCAACAACUUUCAUACGUAACAUACAGCAGUGUUAGUUAUAUUUACCAUGUUAUACAUUAUACCCCUAGUACCUAUUUAUCUUAUAACUGGAAGUUUGUGCCUUUUGACUGCCUUCAUCCAAUUGCCCCCCACCCCCACCCCACCCCUGCCUCUGGUAACCACAAAUCUGAUCUCUUUUUCUAUGAGUUUGUUUAUUUUUGAAGUAUAAUUGAUCUACAAUACUAUGUUACUUCCUGUUUCACAAUGUAGUGAUUCAAUAUUUCUAUACAUUUCAAAAUGAGAAAUAAAGUCUUUAUCGAGGUAAUCAAGUUA